AUGAUAAUUCAAUCUCCUAUAGAAUUAAAAAGAACAAAGGGAGAUAUAAAAGAUAAUGCAUCUUUAUCUUCUACGGGAUUACUAGAAAGUGUAUCAUGCUUUCAAAAAAUAAGAAGAAAGUGGGAUCCUUGUUUACCAAAUAUACUUCGCUCUCCAGUUAAAGCUGUGGAAGUAGAUAAUUUUGAGAAUGGAUUAAAUAAAGUAAAAUAUGACCACUUUUCAUCCUUUUUUCCUAUAACAAUUGGGAGUAAAUUUGUAGAGUUAAGAGCUAUUUCUGAAUCUACCUGGCAACAUUACCCAGCUAGAAGAGUAGGAGUGGUUCUUUCUGGAGGUCAAGCAGCUGGGGGUCAUAAUGUAAUUGCUGGAAUAAUGUCAUAUAUAAAAGUAUGUAAUCCCAGUAGUCAAUUAUUUGGAUUUAUAGGAGGUCCUGAAGGUGUUUAUACUGAAAGAUAUAUAGAAUUAAAAGAAGAAUUAAUAAUGUCUCAAUUUCGUAAUCAAGGAGGUUUUAAUAUAAUAUGCUCAGGUCGUCAUAAAAUUGAAACUGAGGAACAAAUGCAAGCAUCAUUAAAUGUAUGCGAAAAACUUCAGUUAAAUGGUUUAGUUAUAGUUGGAGGCGAUGAUUCUAAUACAAAUGCUGCAAUAUUAGCUGAAUAUUUUAAAAAAGAAGGAUCUAAUAUUGUAGUUAUUGGAUGUCCAAAGACUAUUGAUGGUGACUUGAAGAAUGAAGUAAUUGAAACAUCAUUUGGUUAUGAUACUGCUACUAAGGUUUAUUGCGAAGAAAUUGGUAGUAUAAUGACAAGUUUAUUAACUAAACGAGAUAGAUAUCAUUUUGUAAGAUUAAUGGGAAGAUCAGCAUCUCAUAUAACAUUAGAAUGUGCCCUACAAACACAUCCAAAUUUGACAUUUAUUGGAGAGGAAAUAAAAGAAAAAAAUAGGUCAUUAAUGUCAAUUAUAGAUGAGAUAGUAGAAAUGAUUUUACUUAGAGAAUCUAUGGAUAAAAAAUUUGGAAUAAUUUUAUUACCGGAAGGUUUGAUUGAAUUUAUACCUGAAUUUGAACUUUUAAUAAAAGAGUUUAAUAGUACAUUAUUAAUUGAUACGAAUAAAGAACAAAUAAUUUCUCGUCUAUCUAAUGAAGCGAGGAAUUUAUUUCAAGAAUUACCUUCAGAAGUUCAAAAUCAGCUACUUUUAGAACGUGAUCCUCAUGGUAAUGUUCAAGUAGCAAAAAUAGCUACUGAAGAUCUUCUUGUAUAUCUUACAAUUACAAAACUUAAAGAGAUAGGAAAGGAAUAUUUACUUAAUAAUGCUAAAACUCAUUAUUUAGGAUAUGAAGGACGUUGUGCAUUACCUUCAAAUUUUGAUUCUAAUUAUUGUUAUGCCUUGGGUCAUACUGCAGGAGCUUUAAUUGAUAAUCAUUGUACAGGUUAUAUAGCAAUUAUAAGGAAUUUACAUGAGCAUCCUAAAUUAUGGAUUCCAGCUGGUUGUCCUUUAGUAAAUAUGAUGAAUAUAGAAGUAAGGAAGGGGAAGUCAGUACCCGUAAUAAAGAAGUAUCUUGUUGAAUUAGAUGGGGUUUUAUUUAAUUUGUUUUCAAAAGUUAGAGAACAUUGGAAGGUUAUUGAUUAUUAUAGAAAUCCUGGUCCUAUUCAAUUUGAUGGUCCUUUAGCAGAUAUAUCAAAUUAUAUGAUUUGUCAUCCUAAAAUUGAAGAUUUACUUCCUAUACCAAAUAAAGAUAGUAAUCAAAUAACAAGUAUAGGUUGUAUAAGUCCUUUGCAAAUGUAUAGAUGCAAAGAAAUAUUAUUAACUCCUUCAUUACUUUCAUCUAAAACAAUAUGUACUGAAGAAGAAUAUUUUUCAAGUGAUACUGAUAUGACAUCUUUACUAUUAUCUAAACUUCCUUUUCAGUUAAAUAAGACAAAUAAUAAAACUCUAGUAUUUCGUGAAGAUGAUGAUUUAAUUAGAAAUAAUGGUAACCUUUUAACAAAUCAGAUUUUACAAUUUAGCAAUCCUUUGAGUAUAAUCAAUAAUAGUCAAUCUACAUCAACUCCACAAAGUAUUAUUAAUUCUUUAAACUUUACAAAUACAAAUGUAGGAUCUAAUGUCUGUGAUUUUGGUUCUGGAUACUCGAUACCUCCUUCUCCAUCAUCAAAUUCGCCCUAUUGUAUUGGAUUUCUUUUAAUAGGGCUCUUUCAACCUCCAGGUACUCAAAAUGUAAUUAAUGGUAUUUUAGAUAACUUUAUAAAUCUCAAUAAAAUAGUAAUAUUUAACUCUAUUGAUUCAUUAUAUAGUGGAAAAGGUUAUGUAGUAAAUUUAGAUGAAUCAACAAGAGAAAUAUAUUCAUAUUUGUUAAAUAAUGGUGGAUGUCAAUUUCCUUGUUCUAAAUAUGAACCAGUAACACUAAAUUUACAAUAUAAUGAAGGAUUUGACAAUAUAGAAGAAAAAGGUGAUGGGAAAUUUAACAGAAGUGUAUGGGCUCCCUUUGGAAAUAUAUUAACGGAUAAUGUAUGGAAAGUUUUUGAUUAUUAUAAUAUGAGUGGGCUUGUUGUAUUAGGAGAUUCAGAUGCUGUAACAAUAGCUUCAUAUUUAACUGAAAAUCUUUGUAGAAUAAAUUAUAAUAAAACAUGUAUUAUUACAGUACCAACAAGCUUAGAAAAUAAUGUUAAGAAUCCAAUGAUUGAUACAUGUAUUGGAUUUGAUACUGUUACUCAUAACUGUUCAACACUUGUUGGAAAUCUUCUUAUAGAUGCAGCAUCUGCUACAAAAUAUUGGUAUUUUAUGAAACUUAUUGGUUCAAAAACUUCAAAUCUAGUACUUGAGACAAGUCUACAAACUCACCCAAAUAUUGUUGUUAUUCCCGAAAGAUACUCUAGUAGUGAAUGCAAAUAUGUUGAAUCUGGUAUAAUGGAAGUUACAUUAGAUGACAUUAUCACAGAGAUAUGUGAUAUAAUAUGUUUAAGGAAUAAUAUAGGAGAUAGUUUUGGAGGAAUCAUUAUAUCUGAAGGUAUAUUAGAUCAGGUAUACCCUACUAAAGAAUAUAGAAGACUUAUUUUUGAAAAAUUGGCUGUAGAUCAGUACGAUAAUAAUGAAGAAGGAAAUUAUAGAAUUAAAACUAAUUUAACAGCUAAUCAAGAUUCAAUAAAGAAUAUAAGCAAAUUAAGUAAUUUAACAAAUAAUGAAAUUUCUGUGAUUGAAGAUUUUAAAUCAAUAUUUAAAAAGGUUGAAGAAAAAUUAAUUAGAAAAAUUGAAACUUGUCCAUUAAUUGAGGAUGUACCUACUGAACUUAUAAUAGCUCAACUUGUGAAUGAAGAAUUAAUAUAUCGCAAGACACAAGGAAUUUAUAAAGGGAAUUUCAGCUAUGUAUGUUUCAAUUUUGGGUAUCAAGUUUCCUCAACAGUUCCUACAGAAUUAGAUUGUAACUUAGGAUAUUUGAAUGGUAAAUUAGCUGGCAAGAUUAUUGAGAAGAAUUUAAUUGGUGGUUAUAUGACUGGUAUUAAAGGUAUCUGUAGUAAAAUUGAGGAUUGGUACUUUUAUGCAAUACCACUUACUAGUUUAUUACACUUAAAUAUGCAAGAUAAUGUCGAAAAAAUGAUGGUUGCAAAUAAGAGAAAUUCUAUUUCUAGUAAUGUUAAACAAGUAAAUAAAGGUGACAAUAUUUAUAAUAAUUCAUUAAUGACAAAAGUACAUUUAUCAUGUAGAAAUAAUCAAAUUGAUAUGAUUUGUUCAAAACCUUAUAAAUUAUUUCUUAAUGCAAUUGAGAAAUGGGAGUUAAAUAAUGUUUAUAUAAAUCCUGGGCCUGUGCAAUAUUAUGGAUCUAGUAAAUAUAUAAUUAAUAGAACCCUAUUUGAGGAAGAAUUCUACUAUGUGAAAAUGUUACAGGAAUUAGAUGAUUUAACUAGAAGUAUCAAGAACUCAUGUUCAUUUGGUAUUAACAAUACUACACUUGAAACUACUAUUUGUUUAUUAAGAAGUGUACAAUCAUUUAUCAAUAUACAAUCUACUCACUCAAAAAGAAAAAGAAUUAAUGAUACAUCAAGUCAAUCUAAUUUAAUGACAAAAACAACUAGUAGCUCUUGUCCUAUAUCAUAUAAUGGGACUAACCUAAUUACUGAUUUACUAAGCAUUGAUUGCACAAAAUCAAACAUUAAUUGA